AUGUCAUCUUUUUCUGAUCUCGCUGUUAGUCUACAGAAAGGGUAUGCCUGUGCUGAGAGAGACCACCAACAAGAGCUGCUGAACACGCUUACGGCAAAUUCAGGCUUUCAGAACCUCUUGAGGACCAACCAACUGGCCAAGACCAUUCUGGGACUCACAGAUUCUAUGAAUGCUUACAAUAACCCCGAGUGGCAGGAGCAGGCGAUCGAGAUCAUCAUUGCAUCUGAUGUGUACUCUGGAGUUGAGAGGAGAGAGCGAGAGCAGAAGGAGGGUAAGGGCGACCAGAAUUUGGGUUAUACCGAUUUUCUAGUGCUUGAGUUGCUACACUGGUUUAGACACAAGUUCUUCAAGUGGGUUAACAAGCCCGAUUGCGACAGAUGUGGAAAUGCAGACCAGGACCAGAUCGAGCCCGCGGGCAAUGCACCUCCAGCAACGAGGGAAGAAAUACAGGGCCGAGCAGCCGGAGUUGAAAUAUACAAGUGCAAAAAGUGCCAAGAACAAAUACGGUUUCCCCGACUUAACAAUCCCUCGUCGUUGCUGAAGAGCCGAAGAGGAAGGUGUGGGGAAUGGAACAAUUGUUUCCUUCUACUACUCAAAUCUCUCGAUAUCAAAUGCAGAAGUGUGUGGAACUCUGAGGAUCAUGUUUGGAGCGAAUUCUACUCCGAAUCGCUCCAGAGGUGGGUUCAUUUAGACUCUUGUGAGGACGCGUUCGACAAUCCACAUCUGUACAACAGGGGUUGGGCCAAGAAAAUGAGCUAUGUCUUUGGUUUUGGUGAAGACUAUGCGAUAGACUUGAGCGAAAAGUAUAUUUGCAAAGACUUGGAUCGCGCGCUACCGAGAAAUAAGAUAGAUGAAAGUUCUCUGAGCACAGUGUUCCGCUAUGUCAACGCAAAGAGAUGGGCUUCCGAGACCGACGAUACAGGUCUUUACAAGAAACUUGUGCAGUACAAUCUCGAGAUCAACGCAUUAACGCGAACAUCUUCAGCCAAUUCUUUUGCGAAAAAUCAGGAAAAAUCCCAAACUGAAAUGAAGCCAAGAGAGAGUGGUAGUGCAGAAUGGACCAAAAACAGAGGUGAGGACGGCCGAUGA